UCUUGACUGUAGAGGACUUUCUUCAACUUCACUGGGCUAACUGCUUAUACAAAAGCAACCAUACAUUUGUUUAUCAUUAAGGUUUUUUUUUUUUUUUGUCUAUGGUUUUGUUACCAAACUUCACCUGAGGUUUUAAUGAUGGCUCCAUGAAGAAUCCACAGAAUCCUGACACGAAGCGUGUUUAAGACAUCAGGAAUCUUUGUUUUUAAUUUAUUCCUCUUUCUUAACCCUAAGACAUGGUGCUCUGGAUCAUCCUUCCCAUCUCACUAUCACUGGUGUCCUUCAUUGGAACAUGGAGCGUAUAUGGCUUGGCCUACUCCAACAAUCAUGUGUGCUCGCUCCGUGAUUGGAGCGGUAAAAAUUACUGCGGAAGGAAUGGGACCCAGGGAUGUUGCUUGGUUCCUACAAUCAGUGGAAGUGGGACCUUUGCUCCAGAAAGCUCACUUUUUACAGCAACAAUGAACGCUGGGACCUUUCUGUUUCUGCUGUUCACCAUCUUCCAUCAUGCCCAUAUAAUGGAGAGACACAUGUGCUAUUCCAUGCUGAGCAAAAUUGCAUUAGCCUUUGGAUUGGUGGCAACCAUUGGGGCCUUUGUUGCUGGAAACUGUAACCCUGGUGACGUGACACUCAUGCACUACCUCGGAGCUGCUGUCAGUUUCACGUGUGCCUGUUUCUACACUGUCCUGCUCUCCGCCCUGACCUGGAAGUGUACUCUGACCGGGUUUGAAAGGUUUCUCUUCCCUCUGCGCGUCGUUUUCACAGUGGUUCAAAUCAUUGUGACUGUCGGCUAUACCAUUUUGUUCAUCCAGAAGGAGUACUUUUACAACCAUCUUUCUGCUGUGUUCGAGUGGACCCUCAGUGUCAACCUCCAGAUGUUUGAGCUCACCUAUGCUGUGGAGUUUUUUUUCUUCUCAUCCUUCAUGCUUUCGAAUCUGCUGAGCAAACGCGAGGAGGAAAAGCCCUUGAUAUUGACCAUGUCCUGAUAUACGGCAGCCAGGGUCCAGCAUGAAACCACGAACAGCGAUGAAGGACUGCGUAGGACAUCAGUAACAACAGUGGCCGGGCCCUGGCUGAAGGUUCAAUAGUGUUUUUAUGUUAUUUUAUUGUUUUAGUCUUAGUUUAUGUAUACUGUUGUUUCCUUAGAUAGGGCAUUUUUGUUUCUUAAGUAAUAUAUUUAUUAAAAUACACCAACUUUAACAGCAAAAGAACAAAAUAUGUAUUUGUACUGUAUGUACAAUGCCUGGCAAAAUUAUUCAUACCCCUUGAAACCUUUCAAAUUUUU